CAAAGGUCAAGAGGAAAAGGCAUGAGGUUGGCAAGACCCCCUGAGGGAUUUCCAUUAUCCUAUCCACCACACCAACUGCUGGACCUAGAAGAACUUCUUUCAUGGGUGGAAAGCAGAAGUAGCAUUUGACUCAGACAAACUUCCCACACCAACCAUGCUUUUUGUUGUCAGCAUGGAGACUGGUCGGCACAGCCAGAGUUCAGCAGUACACUUACCCUGAUCCAACUUUUAAUUCUAUUCUCUCACACCUUAUCUCUCCCAAGCUCAACUCCUUGGAGAGCAGUGCUGAUGCCUUUGAAGAGAAGGAAAUGGUGUCUCUCAAAAAUAUUUAAGCCAUCUGCCUCUGAAUUGAGGAGAAGGGAAAAGGGGUUCAUUCUGGAUUGUAUUGCAGUGGACAAGUUAGAAAAAGGAACCCAUGGUCUCUUGCCAGAGUAUAGCAUCAUUCCUCGUUACAGUGCUCAGAAGGAUCCACACCUAGUGGACCAUUUGGCAACCAAGGAGUCAUCUCAGUUUCAUUGGGGAAAAGAUCCAUUGUCUAAAUUGUUAAUGAUCCAUAAGGAGGAAGAGGAAGCAAGGAAAGAUAUUAUAGGACCAAUGGCUCUACAUCUCAGGAGGAGGAACAGACCAGGUGCAGGUCAUUCUGUGGAAGAAGUACAAGGACAUGACUUUCUAUUUUCUUCUCUCAAACCAGUCCCAGGAUACAAUGGUGUCCUUGGAUACAGGAGAAACUGCCCAAAAUUACGCAACAUGCCUUCAUCUUUUGGCAUAAUAACUCCUCUGGAAACUGGAGAGCAUGGGGGGGUGUUGAUUUUAAAUUAAUCCUGUGUCUAUUCUUGUUAAUUUAUUAACUGAUUCUUUUAGGCCACACUAAUAACAGAAUGUCCAGUCAUGUAAUAUCAUGACACAUACUGAACUUAGACCCUUAUUAAAACCAUAAUUAACACCUUCCCUAACAUGCUAGUUACCCCAAAUGUAGCUCAAAAGAAUCAUUGUUUAGGGAAAGCAGAAAGUAUAAGAUGUCUUAACAACUGGUAACUUGUUAGUUUAAUUAUCCUUGCCCCACUCAGUUUCUAUGCUGCUAAAGAAAUGGAAAAGCACUGUUAAAAUGUAACAAAAUUUUAAAUUGCUGUUGUUAUUUAUUUAUUAUUUUAUCCUUUAAAUUUUGUUGCCACUCUAUAUUAAAUUGCUAACACCUCAAGGGCAGAGAAUGGCUUUUUUUAAAUUACUGUAUCAACAAUGCUUAAUAUAGAACCUAAGAUAGUAGGUGCUUAAUCAAUGUUUUAUUGGAUUGGAAAAUAUUCCCAAAAUAUUCCCAAAGUAAUUGGUAAGGUUCUUGAGGGAAGGAAUUCUAUUUUAGUUCACUCUAUACCUCUUCCAAAGCACAGAACACAUUGGCUGUGUAAUAAUAAAAGUUAACAGUAACAACGCACCCAUGGAAAGAAAUCCAAUCCACUAACCCCCUCUUUUAUGUGCUAGGCUUUCUCCUAAUUCUGUAAUCAACUUAUUGGUAUAUCAAGCUAUUCCUGAGAAUAUGCAGGUAUUUCUUGAGAGUUAUUCUGCAACAUGAAAACAAUUCUUAGCUCAUCUGUCUUUGUCAAUUUGAAUGAAAAUUUCUGUUGGCUUACAUAGUUUAGUUCUUUAUAUAGCCUCUUGUAGCAAUAAGCAACACAU